AUGUUGUAUUGCUGUGCGCCACUCAUUACAGCCACAGAGGUGACUCUUGAACCACUCGAGAAGACACACAACAAAGCAUUACGACUAAUUACUGGAGGGAUAAAAUCAAUACCCAUUGAUGCAAUGCUCCUAGUUACGGGAAGCACCGCAAUAUGUUCCCUUUUCAAAGAAAAGGCCUUGAUCAUGUAUCUGAAGCUACUGCGCAUUGCCAUGGAUAGGUUCUUCAGCACCUAUGAGAAUAGAACAAGACAUCUGAAAACUCAAUCUGGUCUAAUACAGAAAGCCAUGGAACUGAAGAAAGCAUUACAAAUCGAUGACAAACCAAAAAGCCUCCCUCUCACCAUGAACCCAUUAGCNUAUUGCAGUGAGCCACUCAUUACAGCCACAAAGGUGACUCCCAAACCACUCGAGAAGGCACAAAACCAAGCAUUUCGACUUAUUACUGGAGGGAUAAAAUCAACACCGAUUGAUGUAAUGCUCCCAGUUACAGGAAGCACC